UCUCCCUCCUCAUAACCACAUGAAAAUCACAACAGCAAAUUCCUAAAUCCUGCAUUCCCUCAUCCCUCCACGGUACAUAACCGCACCCCAUCCCCUGCUUCAUAUAACACACAUUUUCAACUCUCCUUCCCUUCCUCUUUCUCUCUCGAAGACAAUAAGAUUAAUGGAGGAGGAUCGGAGGAGGAGGAAGGUGAAUCUCGCCAGCAGACAGCCAUUCUUAACCUCACUGAAGUCUCAGCUGAAGGAGACAUUCUUUCCAGACGACCCGUUCCGACAUUUUGCGGGUCAGCCCCCGGCACGAAGGGUUUGGAGUGCAAUUUCGUAUUUUGUUCCCAUUCUGCAAUGGAUGCCGGACUACUCUCUCGCCUUCUUCGGCAACGAUUUCUUCGCCGGCGUCACCAUUGCUAGCCUGGCUGUUCCUCAGGGAAUCAGCUACGCCAAGCUCGCCCAGAUCCCGCCCAUUAUCGGACUCUAUUCGAGUUUCGUGCCGCCGCUGGUGUACGCGGUGUUUGGGAGUUCAAAGAACAUGGCGGUGGGGCCGGUGGCGGCGGCGUCGCUUCUUAUGGCGGCGAUCAUACAGGAGAGCGUAUCGCUGGAAAAGGAGCCGGAGAGAUACGUUUACACGAUCAUGACCUCCGCGUUCUUCACCGGACUUCUGCAGUUCUCUCUCGGCAUCUUCCGGCUUGGAAUAAUAGUAGAUUUUUUGGCGAGGUCAACCAUAACGGGAUUCAUGGGAGGGACGGCCAUGAUCAUCAUAUUACAGCAGCUAAAAGGCUUACUAGGCCUCAAGCAUUUCACCAACAAAACUGAUUUCAUCUCCGUCCUUCAUGCUAUCUUCCAAUACCGAUCCGAGAGGUAUUAUGUUGCAUCUGAAUUAAUGAUAUGUCCCUUCUCAAAAUCAGCUGUGAAUUAUCAUGCUGGAUGCAAGACGCCGAUGGCAAACGCAGUGAUGUCAGUAUGCAUGAUUCUGGUGCUUUUGUUCUUAGCUCCACUGCUGAAGUACACGCCACUUGUGGCUCUCGCCGCCAUUAUCAUCGUUGCCAUGAUCGGUGUCAUCGAGCUUCAUGAGAUUCGACAUCUCUUUAGGGUUGACAAAUUCGACUUCUGCCUUUGCAUGGCUGCACUUCUCGGUGUUCUCUUCAUUAACAUGAAGACAGGCCUUGCCAUGUCGUUUCUGCUGUCAUUAAUAAGAGCACUGCUACAUGUGGCAAGGCCUGUCACACGUAAGCUAGGAUACUUUCCUGGAACGGAUCUCUACCGCGACAUUGACCAAUAUCCAGACUCCACGGACAUAUCUGGCAUUCUGAUCAUACAGCUCGGCUCUCCCAUGUAUUUCGCCAAUGCCGGUUAUCUUAGAGAGAGGAUUUUAAGGUGGGUGGAAGGUGAAGAAAAUAGAAUUAAGGAGACGAGUAGCCCGGAUUUACAGUAUGUUAUAUUCGAUAUGAGCGGGGUGUCUGCCAUUGACAACAGUGGCAUUGGAAUGAUGUUGGAUACUCACAAAAUGCUUCUGAAGAAGGGGAUCAAGGUGGCAUUAACAAACCCAAGCAUAAAAGUGGUGGAGAAGUUGUCAGUGGCAAAUUUUAUAGAAGCGAUAGGGGAAGAGUGGUUCUUUUUCUCGAUUAGCGAUUGGUUCUUUCUCUCGAUUAGCGAUGCGGUUGCCGGUUGUCAUUUUGCCAUGCAAGAGGCCAAUUAA